AUGCUGCUGUGGGAGUAUCCGGGCAGGUUUGCACUUAAGAGACUUGGCAAUGCCAGCAUAAAUCCCCUGCUUCCAAUGCCUUUUCGAUCUUGCCAUUCAAAGCUUGCAAGCACAUGGUCUACUUUAGCUGGGACAUCUGGCCAACAUCAGUAA